CAGCCUCAUUUGUUCUGUUUUCCACUUCGUCCCAACUGAAAUGUCCUGGACCGUGAUAACGCCAAAGCCUGUUGGCAUGCACCACUUUUGCUUUACCUCGCCAAACAAAAAAGCAUGGAAAGUUAAAGCCUUCUCUGCCAUAAUGGAAAUGCUAAAUUUCUCUCAUUUGAUUUAUCUGAUGGGAAAAGAACGUCCAGAAAAUGUUUUGGACAAGCAAAUUGAGUAUACCCUAGACUUGAGGAGAAUAAUGAACAUGUAACUUCUUGAACAUUUUUUGAGAACUGGGAAAAAAUAUUGUAAUAAUACAAAAACACCAAAUAGUUUGUUGUUGAUGAGUUAGUGAGACAGGUAUUCAGUGAGUUAGUAUAAGUUAGUGAGACUGUUACAGUGUGUUCAACUGAUUACUGAGUUAACAACUGUUUUAGACAGGCUUCAACUUGUGCUGUAGGUAUGAGAGGAAAUUCAAUAAGAACAUUACAGUGUAGUUAUUUUUGUUUUUACACACAUAAGCCUGUGUCUACCCCAUCUACUUCAAAGGAUAUUGCCACUUCUAUAUUCCAUGCUGACAGUUGUAUCCAAGUGUCUCAUACUACAAGUAGUAAAAGUAACCAGAUAUUAACUGUUCAAACUGACUUUUCAUCCUCACUCUCUCACAACUCUAUAUUUUCUCAUAGUAAUAUUCCGAGACCUUAUCCUAGUAUUGAAACUCAACUGCCCAGACACACUACCAUCACAUCUGUACCUACAUCAUCCUUAUCUUACCCAUUUACUUCUUCAGAUGAUCGUGUUCAACAUUUUUAUUCUAACAGUAAGUUCCAAAAUUCUAUUAAUGGGGUCUUAUCUUCAUGGCCUAUCCAAUCUUUGAUUUCUUGUGACCACAAUGAUAGUGUACCACAAACCUUUGUGUCAGAGAACAAAAUCCAAGUUUUACUAGAAAAUAAAGAAAUGUGGGAAAAAUUUGAUUGGGCUGGAAAUGAAAUGAUACUUAGCAGAACAGGACGCCGGAUGUUUCCUUCAGUAAAGGUCAGAGUGUCUGGGCUAGAACCAACAAAGUACUACUUUGUGUUACUGGACAUUGUUCCAAAGGAUAAUCAUCGUUAUACAUAUUCUGGUCGACAAUGGCUAGCUCGAGGACCAGCUGAUCUGCCAGUAACUCCUCAGUUGUAUAUCCAUCCAGACUGCCCUGCCUCUGGCUCUCAGCUAAUGAAACAAUCAGUCAGCUUCCACAAGGUGAAGCUAACUAAUAACUUUUUACAACAUGAAGGGCAUAUUUACUUGAAUUCCAUGCACAAAUACAUUCCUCGAGUUCAUAUUGUUGCUGGAAGUGACAUUCUUAAGAUACCCCAUACUUAUUUUAACACAUUUUCCUUUCCUGAGACAACUUUUGUUGCUGUAACAGCUUAUCAAAAUGAACAGGUGGUGAAACUGAAAGUUGACAAUAAUCCAUUUGCUAAAAAUUUUCGUUUUAAAAGGUGUGCAAAAACACAAUUGGAUUCAAAAUUUGAAGAAGAGAGAAGUGGAGUGCCAUUGGAAAAAAAAACAAAGUUGGAAAAUUUCGAAGUUCUUUCCAACAGUGGAUUUGAGCCUGAAGACUACCAAUCAGGAAUGAUGAAAACACCAUGUCCUGUCAUCCCUAUGAAUUUCAAACUAAGUGUACAGGGCUCACUCUCAUCUCCUGACAGUAGAUUAAACAAAAUAAAAAGUGGAAGUUUUGUGUCAGGGCUACAGAAUUCAUUGACAUCCCUCAACAUCAGUACAGAAACUGGAUUAAGGUUACACAGUCCACCUUCAUCUAUUGAGAUUAGAGCAGAGACUACAAGACUACGUGAUUGUAGGAACAAUUCUACAGACAUCUUGUUACCUUCUAUGGUUGAAAUGACUUCUCCUUUGAUAGCUGCAAACCAUUAUAGGCAAUUACUUAUGUCACUACCCAUUGAGAAAAAUGACUACUUUUCAUUAUCAUUUAAUCCACAUAUUAGUCAGUUCUUCACUCCUUUUAAUUCAGCUGUGAUGACUUCACACCUUGGACUGAAACCUUUGUCUGUACCAGCUUUCAGUGGUCCCUAGCCUGUAUAAUGUGAAAGGUCUUUCCAGCCACUAUAGUCUUUUUCCCAGCCAGAAACACAACAUUUGUUCUAUAAUAUUUAACCUAGAAGCCUAAGCUAUUGACCAGAAAAAAAAAAAAGUUAUAUACACCACUAUGAUAAAUACAAAUUUACCCAAUAGCUUACAACCAUAUAGUGAUAGCAAAGGAAAAAAAAAUCGUGUAAUUGUGCUUGUAUAUGUAUAAAAUGUUAGAUACAAGCUUCUUUACAUCACAGAGCUUAUCUGCAUGAGAGCCAUUUAGUUCUCAAAUAUAAGAAUCAUUAAAUUACAACUUUUGAGAUUAGUGUGUUUAUUUCUCUGAUAUUUCAAAUUAGGCUCAGCUGUAAUCUACAGUAAAAAAAAUUUACUCUUUACUGAUAGUAAAAAUGUAGGGUUCGAAAUGUACGAUGUUGUUGAAUAACCACUUUAUAGAGAACAAUUUUCUAAGUGGUUUGUGGUACGUCAAAGUUUGAGUUUAGCAAGCUAAUAAACAUAACUAGUAAAAUGGUCUAUUUCUUAUGUUUAUCAGUAACCGACAGUUAUAAGUAGAAAUUAUUAAUUGAUCAGCUUUCAUUAACAGGAAUAUAAUACUUUCCUAAUUAUUAUGAUUUUUUUCAAAAAAAUUUAUAACCAUAGUAUACGUGAUGUAAACUAAUUAUCAUAAAUGUGAGUCUUCAGGCUAUAUAUGUUUAAAAAUGAAUAAUUCUUUGAUUACCUGUAUUACAUUGGUACAGCUUCUUGCUACUUGUCUUAUCAUCUUAAUCAUAAAAAAAGAACUUUGUUAUAAAUUGAUAAACAUCCACAUCCUUUAUUGGCCAUUCAUGAGUAAGACAUAAAUGUGCCUCUCUCUAAAAUCUGACUGGCCAAAGUAGCCGCACAGCCAUAACUAGCAGGUUCAAUGUAUCUUUUACUCUGUUUUUGUACAGUAAUUAAUUCUGUACAUAUUAUAAACAAAAAUCAAAUUGCUUAGGAUAUUCUGUUUGAUGGGAUAUUGGGUGUGAUUUAUUUUUGUUGUAGGAAAAUAUUAUAUUCAGGUGUAAAUAAUGUUGUGGAUUAUUUUUGCAUAUAGUGAAAAUGGAUUUCUGCUAGCAAUAAAUCAGUUUUUGA